CGGAUGACAUUACUAUGAUGUGGGAUACCACCAUCCCCACUGCCAGGAAGAUCAAAGCCAAUCAUCCAGACAUCUGUCUCACAAAUAGGAAGACAAACACUUGUCUUCUUAUUGAUAUCAGCUGUCCUGCUGAUGGUAACAUUGGCAAGAAACAUGCUGAGAAGUUGGCGAAGUACAGCGACUUGCGAGUGGAGAUAAGCCGCAUGUGGCAUUGUCGAACACUGGUGGUUCCGGUGGUCUUGGGAGCUUUGGGCACAGUGCACGCAGGUAUUACACGGUGGCCGGACGUUAUUCCAGGUCAUCACAACCUGCAGCACUUACAGAAAACAGUGCUUCUGGGAUCUACUCGGAUCCUUCGUAAAGUCAUGUCUUCUUUCUAGACAGCCGUGAUGGUCUAAGUACUUCUGAAGCAGGGCUUGCUUCCGGUACUUGUAAUAGACUUUACAAACCAGACUGAUCUGGUUGAGCACGACACACAUUUAAAUUAAUAAAUCCGGAUAUUGAUGGAAGAUGGACGUCUAGCUGUAUCGCUCGUCUCAGAGCUAGCUGAGGAGCGCGUUCCUUGUCGGGAAACCAGGACAGGGCUUGAAAAGUCGGCAUCUGGAAUCACUGGAGCUGUUCGGAAGACCAGGAAUAGUUCUGGGCGUAGGGCGACUGGUCGAACCAUCUCUCGUGCGGCGUCUGAUUUGAAUUUGGCUUCAAAUCCCGCUGACGAGACUACUGUGAUGCCCACCGUUCCUAGCGAAUCUUGUGUUUCGGCUAACGGGAACGGCAAUGCAACAAGACGAAGGAAAUGGACGCGACAAAUGAAUAGGAAAGUGAUGUUUUGUUAUUACCACGUGCUGUUGUCAUGCAAGUUCUCUGCUUUCAGAAAACCCAUGCAUCAGCUGUGGUGUGAACGAAAUCCUUCUCUGAUUGACGUCUCUGAGCAGCGUUUGGCAGACCAGAAGCGAUAUCUCUUAACUUCUGGAAGUCUGACUGAAUCAGAGUUGGAGGAGAUUAAACGCGAGGCCGCACAGGAUGGAAAGCCCGUCUCAGGUUUGUUAUCUGUUACGACUGAUGUUUGUCCUGGUGUGCAGAUGUCGGCGUUGGAUGUGGUUUCUGCUCUAUCAGCUGAUAGCUCAGUUGUCACGCCUUUGCUUGGCAAUGUGUCACCUUGCAUGGCUUCAGUCAGGAUGGCGCCUGCUGCACGUGGUGGGAAACCUGUCGUGUCAAUGAUGCAAGAGGAUCAUGAGUUUGCUAAUCACUUGGAAGAUGGCUCCCUUGUUCAGUCAGUCACUGUUCUCUCUAAGGACUGCUCAUCUGCAAGAGAUAGUGGUGAUAUCCUAUCCGUAGAUGACACUUUGGAUUCAGUUCAGUGCAGUGCUAUCAGGGAAUCACCAUCCCCUUGUGACUCUGUGAGCUCUGAUCUGAUGACUACACAUCCUAGUAUAGCUUCUCGGCUAGAAAGGAUGGAAACUCCUUCAUCUCAACUCAGUCCAGACUGCUGCCAAAUGGAGGAUGGUCUUUCGCUUGAUUGUGAUGCUGCUGUGGAUCCUGUACUUCGUCGAGAGUUUCUUGAGGAGUUGCAGAAAGUCAGGCAAAUUCCUAUCUGUGAGAGACAAUGUCUUCCAAGGAUCUUUGUGAACAGUGGAACCCUGAAGCUUAUUGGUGAUCUGAACACGAUCAUCAGUUGGUUGAAGGAUGAACCAGAUAUGAGUGAAAUCAGUUACCUGGUAUACUCUGCUGCUUCGCUAGUGUCCAAAAGGCAGGGCUUAAAGACGACGAAGUCAACCAAUUCUCAAACACCGACAUGGAGACAAAGGCUGGAUAUAGAGAUUCUCAAACUUCGACGUGCGAUCUCACUGUUGCUGGAGAUUAGAAAGGGUUCAUUGGGCAUUCGUAUGUUACAUGAACUCCGACGUCUUCGGCAUCGGUUGGGCAUUUCCUGUUCGGAGAGUUGUGAGAUCUCCAUCAAUCGAUUGAAAAUGGAACUUAAGUCCAAGGUCGAGCGGACCAGGAGGCUGGAGAAGAAUCGUAAGAGACUUCGCCAGAAUGGUUUGUUUCAACGAGAUGCUGGACGGUUUUACAGAGAGCUGGAUAAGCAGACUAUCCAGAUCACUUCCCCGCCAUCCGAGUCUGAGAUCGAGCAGUAUUGGGGUGGUAUCCUAGAAACUGAGGUACAUCACAAUGAGUCUGCCUUUUGGAUGAGACGUCAAACCGAUGGCGAGACGCACCGGAAAGAUGAGCAGCAGUGGUUACCUAUCUCAGACAAUGAGGUCACAUUGUGUCUCAAAAGGAUGGGGAACUGGAAGUCUCCUGGUCCAGACAAGGUUUAUGGUUUCUGGGUCAAGCGUAUCACGUGUCUUCACAGUGAUCUGACUCGUAACUACAACCUGCAUGUUCAGAAUCCAGACUCUGUACCCGACUGGUUGUCUCAAGGAAUAACUACUCUGAUUCCUAAGAAUGACAAGACUGACCAGGCCAAAAAUUAGCGGCC